AUGGUCUCUUCUGCGAUGAAAGCAGAAAUCCGAAAAUCAGCCUCCGAGGUGCAGAUUGAAAACGUAACAAAACCCAAAAAAGGCUCUGUGAAGGCAUGGAGUCCAAGCGAAAGGAAGAAGAAUGAAUGGGACCACAGUCCUUGCAGAAAGAAAGCCCCACCAAGUGGUCAGGGCCACGUAACAUCGGAGCCAUUGUGGCCAUUCCAAGGAUUUGCUGCUUCAAUCUUCCGGUACUUAAAAUAUGUACUCCACCAGAUUGUACCAGAAGACCUGUUCUGGACAGAUGAACUAGCCCAAGAAGUACUGACCAAAAAGGUGGAGCACCUCAGCAGACUCCACCUCCACAAUCCAUGCCGGAAGGAAGGGAAGGCAGUUUCCACCACUGCAACCACUGGGGUGAGGGGUAAGCAAGAGGAGAAACAUGGAUUCUUAUACCCCAAGAAUCCAGCGGUCAAGGUGAGCAAGGACCGAUGCUUUGCCACCAAAGUAGUUCCAAAGGCCCCCAAACAAGAAGCAAACCACCCCAGCAAG